AUGAAGCCGCAAACAUCAACAUGGGAAAUUGAUGAACAAGCCGCCUCAGGACAUUCUGAAAUACCGGGACCAACAUCUAACAACGGGAUAUUAAACGGAUCCAAUACGUUGCCACGUGUUACGAAACGUGUUUCAACAUCAGGAAAAAUUUCAAAUAUUCCUCGAUUCAAACGACCUCAUCCUCCUCAUUCCACACGUCCACAUUCGGCAAUUGUUUCCUCGUCUCCUGGGCUUUUUCGCAAGAAUAGCCCUUCAAGUUCUGCACCGCCAACUUCUUCGUCACGUAGAUUCUCUCAACUUCCUCAACAGCACCUUCAUCAACAUAUUCACCAUCCACACCUCCACAAUCACAACAAUCAUCAUACAACAGUUAUCAGUGAAGAACUUACCACACCACGUGCAUCAACGUUCAAUCUGAAUCAAACACAUCAGAACGUUUUCCCUACAACGACGACUUCAUUUGGUAGUAUGCCGAACAGCGGCACAAACACUGCAGAGGCGUCAAUGACGUCUUCUGUUUGUGCAAUGGAAACUGAAGGUACGGCGGCUGGAAACUCAGGAGAUGAGCUUGAAUCACGAGACAUGGUUUCUGAAAUGCAGAGAAGAUGCCGAAUCGGACCGUCUGGUUAUCCACAUUUAAUGAAAGCAAAACGUCUGAGGUUUUAUCGUAAUGGAGAUCAGUAUUUCAAAGGAAUUCAGUACGCUUUACAAUGCGAUCGCGUAAAAAGCAUGCAACCGCUGAUGGAAGAAUUGAUGAAGACUGCAAUAUGUGACUCAUCCGCUCUUCCACACGGAAUUCGUCAUAUUUUCACUAUAGACGGUACACAAAGAAUCACUUCAGUUGACCAGUUCGAAGAUGGUGGAGGUUACGUUUGUUCCAGUACUGAUGCAUUCAAACCUGUCGAUUAUUCGAAAGCCGCAGAACCAAGUUGGAGGUUAACGCUAGCGAAUCGAUAUAAUCGGCAUCUGGAAACAAAGCAAUUGGCAUUAAGUGUGGUUGAACCAGCUAAUGAAGACACUGGUUUUGUUUCACCACGGAUUAUCAAAGUAAUACGUAAUGGAGUUAAGCCGAGAAGAAUUAGCAGACAUCUGUUAAACCAGAAAACAGCAAAAACAUUCGAUCAAGUUCUACGUGAUUUAACGACUAUUGUCAAACUUGAUGCAGGAGCCAUUCGAAAACUUUUUGCACUCUCUGGAAGGCCGGUUCUGACACUUCAAGACUUCUUUCGAGACGACGAUGUUUUCGUAGCUUAUGGUGGUAAUGAUAAAAUGGCCGCAGACGAUUUGCUUGUUGCAUCUGAAGAAUACAAAUCUGUUGGAUUCAAUUCGUCAUCGAAAAUUCGAAGAACAAGCCGUCGCUCAGCAAUGCCAAAUCGAAAUGAAUCUCUUCGACAUGACCGUUCAGGAAGUGUUAUUCCGGAGCAGGAUCAACAACGUCUUCCAGCGGCUCUUGAUGAAAAGUUCCAACUCAUUCGAUUAAUAGGGGAUGGAAAUACAGCGAUUGUCUACGAAGUUGUCGAUAAAAUCAACAACGACCAUAGAGCGAUGAAAGUUAUUGCAAGAGAAAAUGUGAUCGGAAAGGAACAUUUAAUUGAAAUGGAACUAUCUAUCUUGCAAAAAAUAGAUCAUACCUUUAUUGUACAACUCUAUGACCACUGGUUUGUUGAUGAUUCCUAUUUUCUUUCGCUGGAAUUAAUUGAGAUGGGUGAUCUAUUUGAACACCUUCGACGUGUCCGACGUGUUCCCGAACGAGAUGCUGUCCGGAUGAUGACUUGCCUUGGGCAAGCUCUCGAAUAUAUACAUGAAUUGGGAAUAGUUCAUCGAGAUGUAAAAUUGGAGAACUUGCUGAUUGUCAAAGAUGAAUUCGGGGAGCUUGGCGUGAAACUUGCAGAUUUUGGAUUAGCGGCUGAGAUGCCCAAAGAUCAUGGAGUUCUUACAACCAUUUGUGGUACUCCAACCUAUGUCGCUCCAGAAGUACUGAAUAAAACAGGAUAUGGAUGCAAAGUUGAUAUUUGGGCUGCUGGUGUAAUCUUAUAUGCAGUUCUUGUUGGAUUCCCACCAUUUCAAAGCUCUGAUGGAUCUGAGCAAGACUUAUUCAGUGCAAUCAUGAGUGGAGAAUUUAGCUUCCCGUCACCAUCGUGGGACAAUGUCUCGUGGUCUGUUCGUCAUUUGAUUCUUUGUCUCAUUCAUACUGAUUCAUUCCAUCGUUACUCGGCAGGAGAACUCCUCAGCGAUGAGUGGAUGGUGAAUCUUGGCGAUGUAGAUCCGGAAUAUGAAGAAUGGGCUCAUCUCUUUGUUCAAUCCAAAAUGCACGUCGUAGAAGAAGAACAGGAAACGCCUUAUGAAUACUUCACGUCUCGUCGAACAUCAAUGGAUGAAUUGUCAGAAAGUGCGGGUGUUGAAUUCUCAUUUUCACGGGAAUGUUGA